AUGGCCCAAGCAAACAUCCUCUUUACGUCGCUUCGACUGGGCAGCACUACUAUUCCCAACAGAAUUGGAAUGAGCGCAAUGACGCGCAAUCGGGCAGCGAAGGGGUCGAUACCGACUGAGCUUAUGCAGGAGUACUACGUGCAGCGUGCUACGAGCGGGGUUGGAUUCAUCGUUUCGGAGCAGGUGGCUAUCUCCUCUCAAGGCUCCCAAUGGGAAGACCUUCCUGGAAUGUGGACCGACGAGCAACUUGGUCACUCUGGCCGGACAUCGCAUCCCGAUGCAGCACUCCAAAAGGCGUCUGGGGAGCCCGUCUAUGGCCCUUCUGCCAUCGCCGCUCGUGGUGGAAAGUUCCGCUUUCUUCCUGGCGAGCCUGGAUACGUUGUCCCAACGCCCAUACCAAAUCCACGGACUAUCAUCGCGCAGUACAAGCAUGCUGCCCUGAACGCGAAACGGGCUGGCUUUGACGGUGUCGAAUUGCAUGCUGCCUCGGGCUUACUCAUCUCCCAAUUCCUCGACUCAAAGGCCAAUCAAAGGACCGACGAGUGGGGCGGUUCUCCGGUCAACCGGGUCCGUUUCGCGCUCGAAACUCUUGACGCCUUACGGGAGGUGUGGGGGAAAGAUGUCAGCCUGAAGAUCUCGCCAGCGAAUGGCACAAACGAUGUCGGCAUGCCGCUGGAGGAAACAAUUGCGACAUUUGGGUAUCUGUUGAAGGAGGUCGACACACGCGGGCUUGCGUAUGUCUCGAUUGUGCGCUACAACGCUCAGAAGGACGCGGUAUACGAUGGCAAACCCCGUGGUACUCCCCACGACGUUCUUGCGACCUACGCCCCUUUCCUCUCCAACACAAAUCUCUUCGCCAACGGCGGUGUUACCCCCACCGAAGCUGUGUCGCUGCUGAGCGCAACCGAGCCGAGGGUCGAUGGAGUGUUCUUUGGAGCACCAUUCAUCGCUCAUCCCGACUUGCCCCAGCGGAUUUCACAGGGCAAGCCGCUCGAUAACGCGCUCAAGUUUGCUUACCUGUAUGACAAGCUGGAGGAGGAUUGGACGGUCGGGUAUACGGACUAUCCGAGGGCGAUAUGA